AUUUUGCAUUCAUAAAAAUUAAAAUAUAAACAUUUUAUGCAACAAUGAACAAGCCCUGUAGUAUACUCACCAAAACUGUGAGUCCUACUGCUGACAUAAAGAAGAAAAUAUGCAAUAUAUGACAACUUGAUUUUGAUUGUUUUGCAGUCACAGAUAUUUCACAGAUAAGCUGGUCAUCUUUCCAUUUCACCAUGUUCACACCUCCAGCUCCUUGCCCCAGGCCCAACUUGCGCUGGCUUAACAAUUGCGUAUCCUCCUUCACAUUGUCAUUAUCAUGGGCAUGGUAUUGGUAGAAGUCAUUCUUCAAAUCUGUAUCCAUCAGUGUGUUACAAGGCAGUCAUCACCGCAGAUUGACGUCUGAUGAAACACAAUUUGAUCUAGAUAAAUUUGAAGCCACUAAUAAUGUAUUGUCAAUGCUAGCUAUGCAAGUCGUCUGUCUAAUUUACACAGAUAUCAGUACGUGGGACUGAACAAAAUACUUCCGCUAUGCUGCCCUCUGUAGUUGUUUACUUGCACCCAGGCAACGGGAAACUUUUUGUUUUCAGCGACGUCCAACAGGAAUUGUUUUCAACAGGAUCCAGAGAAAUUUUGCCAAAAUGUCUGCCAGCACGGAAAUGCCAGGAGUGAAUGCUGCACUCCAGCGUCUUCAAGAAUUAGCUGAACGAAUGAAGAGUGAAGAAUUUGGCUUCAGGGAUAAUGAUAUUACAAUGAUUGAUGGAGUAUCAGAAGCUAUCAAAGAAUUGGAUGCAGAGCGAGUGAAGCUUCACAUGCUUCUGGAGACAGAGACAAUCAACUCCAGUAUUCUUCGACAUCAGCUUCAGUUCUUUCCUGAUCAGAUCAAGAAAGAAAUCAUGGCGGCUCUUGAAUCAGCUCGACAGUCUAAUGCAGAUGAGCUCAAAAAUUUGCAGGAUAAAUUGCAAUUGCUGAAUGAGACCAUUGACGAUCUGGAGGAAACACACAAGAAAUUAAGCAAAGAGAAUGCAAUUCUUGCUCCUGAGAGAGACAUGGUGCGAGCCCAGCAUGAAGAGGUUAUUUCACAACUCAAUCAACGUCUAGCUGAUAAGGCUGGAAAACAAAUUAUGCUGAAUGAGACAAGAGAUCAUCUUCGUGAGACAAAUCAAAAGAUUGUAGAUCUUGAAACGGGGAUUGUGAUUUUGAAAGAAGACAUGAUACAGGAGAGAUCUGAUGCAAGGCAAGAGAAGAAAAGACUCAAACAGGCUGUGCAUGACACAGCCAAGAAGACCAAGAAACAGAAAGAAGCCAACAUAGCUCAAAAGAAACAAGUAGAUCUCCUUCAAGAACAGUUGACUGCCAAGAAACUAGAGCUUAAUGACAUCCUGAAGGUCAUACGCCGUUUUGACACUAAUCGCACCAGAUCAGAAGCCCAAGAGAAACUGUUACAGGAUCAACUUGAUAAAGAAUUAGUGCACAAUGAACAAAUGAAAGAUGAAGGAAUAAAACUUUCUCUUCAGUUGACUGACCUAGAAACAAAGACUGGUAAGAAAGAAGCUAUACUGCAGACCAAGGUUACCGAGCUUGAAAGAGACAUAACAAAAACUAACAAGCAGUAUGAUGGACUAAAGGCAGAACAUGAUGAGAAGAAAGUCAUUGUUGAAGAGGCUUUGGAGGUCGCAGAAAAGGAAGGCUCAAAGGUCCAGGAGAUAGAUAAUAUUUUGCAGAGUAAGAAAGAUGACCUGACCAAAAAGGCAACAGAUACAGCUCGGAUGAAACUUGAGAAUGAUGAGAUGGAGAUGAAGAUGAAGAAUUUAGAAGAAAAUCACCAGAUAACAGUUCAACUGUUGACCAAGCAGAUCCAGGAUUUCAGAGAGAACCUGACCCGAGAGCGCAAGGAACGCUUUGAGCUUCAAGAGAAGAGGGAUGCAUUGAGUCGAGAGUUAGAAGACUUCAGGCAGGAGUUUGCCAAGUACAUGAGUACAAUGAGUGAUCGCAUCAACAGGGCUAAACAAGAUCAUGUAGAUCUUACCAAUGAGGGUGAGCAGCUUACAAAAGACAUUGCCAAAGAUGACAUCACAAUCAAAACACUUGAAAAGGAUUUGAAGAAGGCCGAGGGCAAUUUUUCCAAAGUGAAGAAGAAGCUGCAUGAUGAGAUUGCAAAUAUAGAAAAUAAAAUAGCCGAUGCUGAAGCUACUUUGGAAGCUAAGAUGAAAGAACUUGAGGAGAAGACACCUAUCUUUGAGGAGCUUGAACGAAUGUUUGAAGAGAAACAAGAAGAAUAUAACAAUAAGAAGAAGGGCAUAGUGGAGUUGAAGAACAAGAAGAGUGUUCUGAUGACGUCAUCGAACAGAGCUCAGAGGGAGAUACAAAAACUCAUUGCACCAGGGAAACCUGAGAAUGAGACAGAGGAAGUCAAAGAAAAACUACCUGAACUUCCUCCCAUCGGAGAAUCUUUCUUCACAUCAGAGGAUGAGACCAGAAAUAAAACCUUUAAGAGUCUCUCAAAGGUGGCAUUGAGACACUUGCUAAAACAGCAACGUUCAGCCGCACUGGGAAGGAUGAAAGAACAAGGUAGAGAGUUACAAGAGCUAGAAGAAAACAUCUUUCAUGCUGGACGUAAACUCAAGGCAGUCACUGAAGAGAAUGUCAAAUUCACUGGGGCUAUUGAGAAGAUGAAGAAGGAGUGUGUUUCAAUUGAAGAGCAGAUAUCAAGACAUAGCAGUCUGGAGGAGAGCCUAAAACAUCUUGUCAUUUCACAAAGAGGACACCUAGAAGUAGGUUGGGAGAAGGACAAGGCCCUGCAGGAUGAGUUUGCCAAGCGAGAUCAGGUGUUCCUGGAUGAUAUCACCGAUCUCUGUCGCCGUGCUGACCGUCGGGAGCAGGUGGUAUCAGACAUCACGGACAAACUCCAGCAGGAGAUACUGAUGCUGGCCUCUCUCCUAGAGACAGUCGCUGAAAGAAGACCUCCAAAUACCAGUCAGGGUAGUCGACCAACCACAGUCCCACGCCCACCUACCGUCCUGAGAGAAUACCUAGACUCACGCACCAACCUCACAACGCAAGCAGGAAGAAAGACAGAGCUACAAAGUCAGCCCAACCUUCUCAAUCAGACUGUACCCGAAGAACUCUAGAAAA